AUGAGCACUAAACAACCAUCUCAAAUUAUUUCAAAUCAGAAUAUUCAAGGCAAAACUAAAAAACAACAACAACAAAAACAACAACAAACAAAAGGAAAUAAAGAUGAAAAACAAAAACAAGGAAAAACAAAAGAAGAAAAAAAAGAAGGUCAACAAAAAGUUGAUGGUGUUCCACAAUUAUCUAAUAAAGAAUUAAAAGCUUUAAAAAAACAACAAAAACAUGAUAAAAAAGUAGCUAAGUUAGGAGAAAAUAUUCAAAAAUCAAAAACAGGAGAAUCUCAAAUUAUUCAACAGGUUGAUGCAAUAGAAUUAAUGUUAGGAACAAAAAAACAAAUGCCAAAUGUUGAAAUUAAUAGUACAAUUCAUCCAUCAUUUGCAAGAUUUGCAUUAGAAUGUUCUGAAUAUAAAUGUGUUGGUAGUACUAUUCGAGCAUUACGAUUUAUUGAAUGUAUUAUUCAAACAAUAAAAGCAAGUAAAUUAACACAAAGUUCUGAAUGUAUUCCAUUAAUUGAAGAAAAUGUUAAAUUAUUAGAACAUGCACGAACAAUUACUGUCGGAAUGAAUAAUGUUCGUAAGUUUAUUUUUAUGAAGAAUCAAAGUAUUGAAAAUAUUAUUGCAACAGCACAAACAAUUUCAUCUAAUAUUAUUGGAAGUCAAAAAGAAAUUGUAUCAAGUAAAAUUAAUGAAAUUAUAGUGGUUGAUUCAUACAAAUAUGUUAAUGAUGGAUCUGUAAUAUUAACAAUUAAUUAUAGUACAUUAUUAUUAAACAUUUUUAAAACAGCAUUUACUGAUACAAAUAAAUUUAGAGUUAUUGUAGUU